AUGGGUUUAUCAUCUGGAACGAUUGUCAAUGAGGGGGUCCAAUUUUGUGUUUUUGACUUGAAAAGGGGUCAGCACGAAGGAGAAGAAGUUGACAAGAUAUUAUACUUCUUUCCUUUUGAUUGCCCUUAUUCAGUGCAGCUUUCUGUAAUUGGACUUAGCGAAGGACUCAUCACAUUCACAAGGUCAGUAGUUCCAUCUGAUCUUAACAAAGUUUCUGAUGAGCUGACCCUGCCAGCAAAAACUUUUCUAUGGUUUUGAUGGGAAGUCAACUACAUUGACUAGCAGGGCAAGAAUAUUAAUGCCAUGUGAUUUUUUUCCACUUAUAUUAACAGCAAGAGAGAGAGAGAGAGAGAGAGGGAGAGUUGCUUGCAAGCCUAGGGCAUGUUCCAGCUAUAAUAUUCCGUUUCCUAUAGGUUGCACUUACCGUAUUAAAUCAACCUAUACAGGUUGAGUAAGAAGUUUUUUUAUCUAUUUAAAUAUUGAAAUCUGUCUUGGAUUGAUAUUAGUCGUCUCUAUGCCUUUCUAACUCCUUUCUGAUAUAACGCCCAAAUUUUUGAUAUUUAUGCAUUCGCCCUUCUAAUAUCGGGCUUAAAGAGAUCUAGGUAUGACAUUGGAAUCUAAAAGCCCAUCUACAUGCAGAAUGACGUUUUGACAUUUUCAAAAGAAAAUUUAUGAUUAAGUUGACAGAAAAAAUUAUAACUGUAACUCCUCGGUUUUAAGCUUGUUAAGUAAUACUCCUGUAUUGAAUAAGAUAAAUACCUACUUCAUAAUUUUAGAUGGGCCUACUCUGCUCAUUGUCAAUUGAUUGUUAUCCAAUCAAUACGGUCAAUCAACUUAAUCUUAUCUACCCAUCUGGCCGCGGCCCAAUCUUUGCCAUGCCAUUUAGAGGGCUGUAGUUUGUAGUAGUGUAACACUGAUUAUGAAUACCUGAAAACGGAGAUAAAAAAAAUUGAUGGCUUGUCAGAUGAUGUUUGGAAUGAAUGGAGCGACUGAAUUUUUAGAUACUAGAAUUGUUCAACUGGAUAGGCUGGCUACUUCUUUACGUUUCGUUAAAGAUGAAUAACGUUAGUCAAUCUUGCAAGGAUCGAUCCCUAGAAUGGUAUCCGUGUACAUAACAUUAGUCAAUCUUGCAAGGUCUCCGCGUACAUAUAUUCUUAAAAAAUGUUUUAUAGAGUCUUUUAAAGAGCUCAUUGGCCCUAUAUUUGCAUAUUCUUCUUUCUUUAUUUUUAAUACAUAGGCAUUAAUAUCCAUUUUCAAAAAAAACUCAGUGACUCGACCAAUUGAUGACACUCAAUUGGUGGAGGCAUGUGCAUGUCAGUCAUGGUUAAGAAUAUCUAUCUAUCUAUCUAUCUAUCUAUAUAUAUAUAUAUAUAUAUAUAUAUAUAUAUAUAUAUAUAUAUACGAUAAGCCAGGCCCAGGCUUAACCCCCAGUGAUUCAGGGUCACCAAUAGAUACAACAGGUUAUCUUGCCAAAUCCAUUAAAUGAGCUAUCGAUGAAUUUCCUGAUUGAUUUAUAAACGGAACUCCGGGUGUACCAAUUAAAAUGUAUCACUGUCAAAUUUUAAAUACACCUUCUAUCUCAUAUGGGAGCCGAGAGUUUGUGAGUAAUUUAUCUCACUAUUUUUUUCAAAAAGAAAAAGGUACCUAUGAGCAUCCUUUCAAAAGUACAUUUUCAUAUUAGUAUCACUUGAAGAAAGUUUUCUUUUGCACAACUCUGCCAAGAAGAACCAUAAAUGCUCCAGUCAUUCAUAAAUUAUAAAGGCGUUCUUCCCUAUUUCUGUUUAUGCUUAGAGUAUAGUAAUCGUUUAGAAAUUUAACUAUUUUCAUCCAGAAUUUUCUCUCCGGAAGCACCUUGUGAAGUUAUAGAGGCGGAAAGACACACCCAUGUGUUUUAUCAGGCUGAGCCAGAUAUAUGGAUGGUGAUGGUAUGUCUAAAUUUCUUAUUAGAAGUAUUUUCAUGGAUUCCUCCCCUAAGGUUAAUGUAUUAACUGAUUAGUAGGUCAAAUGCUAUGUGCUCAGUCCUUUUUUUUAAAAUGAAUCAGUGCUUCUUAGAGAGGUUGGAAUAUGGAUGGUAACCAAUACUUUACUAUUGAUCAUUCAUAUAACUAAAUUUGGGUAACAUUGUACUUCGUUGCAUCCUUCAUGCAGCUUUUUACAUCACACUUACCUGCUAGCAUUUCUAUGGGUAGUGCUUUUAUGGGCUGUACAUGUUUUCCUUUUUGUCUUAAUUUGUUUUCUCAGACUAAGUUUUUCGUCAGUUCAGAAGCAGUACAUCAAAGUAUCUGAUCCAAAUUAACCUCCACCGGGAUACUGAUUCCCAGAUUCAGGUUGUGGCACUUUUGCGCUUGUCGUAUUGAAAUUCCGUGACCCAUUUGAGCCAAAUCCAAAUCUAGCCCAGGGACACCCUUCAUAUGAUGCAGAAGAAAGGUUCUCAGAUUCAGGCUCAGAUGCAAUGUUAUAUUUUGACCUUGUAAACUCCCAUUGACUCCUAACAUUUUUGGAAUUAAGGAUGAUAGUGCAGAUCUCUGUCACUAAUUAACCAUGCAUUCAUAGUCGAAAGGUUUUCUGCUGCCAUAAGUCUGUGGUUGAGUCGUCUGAAUUUCUGUAAUUUUAUUUAUUCUACAGUCUCGUGAUAUCCUGCAUUUUUCUGAAUUCUAACUAUAAAUAUUUUCAUUUUACCCUAGAUAGUUGAAAAGAAUAAGGACACUGAGCAUGUUUGGCGCUGUGAUGGAUUGCGGGUUGUCCUCAAGGAAGUGCAUUCCCUUUUUGUGAUGUUUUAUGGACCUCUACAGUCUCUACUUGAUAAGCAGCCCAGUGGUGAUCUUGCAAGGAGUCAUUUAUAUUCUUUCGUCACUGAUUAUUUGACUGGUAUGAUAGCUCCGUUUACAUUGUUCCACGAAAAUGACGGAUAUUUCCGCUCAAAUUCUUUAUAAUUUCGUUUUUACUGCGUGAAAAUUGUGUGCUUAUGCACAUUUUUUAAUGCAGCUUGAGGGAUGAAAUCACUUGUUUCAUUUUUUUACCGUUGCCUUAACUAAACCUGAAACUCUAUAAUUUUACUCUUUACGAGAAACACUACGCCUUUUUCAGUCCACAAAUAAAUAAAUAAAUAUUUCAAUGAUGAUUAUUUUUUUCAUGCUUUUGUUCGUUCUAAUAUCGCAGCAUAGAAAACAUCUUUUUUGAUGUCCAAAUUCUUAUGCAGAUUUUCAUGUGGGAAAGAAAUUCCAGUUGCCUUCCUUCCGUGAAAGUCUGGGAGAGCGAGGAACUAUUCAAAUGUUGACAAUAGAACGAGAAGUAGCCAUCGAAGUUCAGGUGUGAUUAAACUUAAACAUUUACGUUUCGGAGCAUGUUGCCUUCUCAAUGAUUUGAUGAAUUUCUCUGUACAUUAGCGUAGUCGUUUAGAAAAAUAAAACAGAAAACUUACAAUAGAGGAAAGAAUGUGCAUCAUAUAACCUGCUUAAUCGUGUGAUGGUGCACAAUUUAUCCCUUAAAUUUUGGAAAAAAAUGCUCCUCCCAAUACUAAACUGUGGGUUUGCAUAGAGCUUAUUAUUCCAAAAUACAUGGCUAAAUAAGGGAAUAAAUUAGGUGAUAUCAAUAGAUAUGCCUAGAUACAUAAAUAGCGAAUUGUACAUGUGCUGUUGACAAUUGUUGGUGAUUUUUGACGAAGGCUUCGUUGACAAGUUAUAUUUAGCAGUACAUCUUGUGUGGAUAAUAAUCCCUAGAAGAUCAGUUCCUAACUCUUUCUAGGCAAUGUAAGACCCUGGUGUUUCAGAUGGUAUUCGUUUGAUUUCAUGACUAUUAUUCGAGAUUGCUGUCCAAGAUUUUUAAAAUAUUUGUGAGAUGAGGAAAGUGGAAACAAAAGACCAUUUGGCAUGGUGGCCAACAAAAAAAAUAUUCAUAUUUAGAACCUAAAAAUAAUCCUUCUGUUUGUUUUCCCCUUUCUAAAAUGUGUCUGCAUGUCUUUCUUUCUUUUUCUUUUUUUUUUUUGCUUUUAUUAGAUUUCUUUCAUGUCUUAAAUUUCACGAUCAGAUCGUUUCUUAUUGAUCUUGACAGAACUUGUCUUGUAGUCACUCGUUACAGUUUUAGAAUCAUGUGCUGGAAGGAGUGCCAUGUUCAGCUCGCUUGUCUUAUUUCAGAACCUGCUGGUGUCGUCAACCCUUUCUCCUGUACGGUUGUAUUUCCUUUUACUAACUCCUUUACCUGUUAUUUGUAGUGCAUCUACAGAUAUUGAUGUGCAGAUGGAAUCCUAUGCGUUGAUAAAUAUUAUGAUAUUGAAUAUUACCAUCGGCAUCUCGCUGAAUAACAUGUAACUUUCAUUUGCCAGGAUGACACUGUAAACGUGUUUGCAUAUGCUGUUAUGAGGUUGACGCCACAGGCUUUAUCCUUGGGUACAAAUUCUUGGUCUUAUUUGCGUAGAGGUCCUUCUCCUAAUGUCACAAAUCUCUCUCCACUGUCAACCACAUCAGCUUCUUUAGAAGACCAUCAACACAGAUCCAAUGAUAGUUCCUCCGGAAAUCAAGACCCUAAUUACAAUGUUCCAAGGGCUUUACAGCGUGAAAAAUGGUCCAAGGGUAAGGACGGUUUUCUUGUCACCGAUAUCUGGCUAAAAGAAUCAGGCAGUUCAAUUGCUGCAAACCCAUCUGUAUGGCUAAAACAAGCUGAGCAGCGCAUGUUUCUUCUCAUAUAUCAGCACAGGAGUAUGACAGUGGUACUACUCGUGCCUGUCAAUUCAUUGAGCAAUGGGGAAAAAGAUUUGCCCAUGUUGAAGCAGCAAGUUAUCGAAAAUGUAGGUCCCCUUCCCUUACAAAGUUUUUUAUAUUGUCUUGUACGAAAGUGGAUUCCAUUUUUCGUUUCACGUUGAAGGAACGUCGUAUGGAUGGAGAACUCUCAAGUGAGAUCUCAUAUCCACGAUUUUCUGUUGCGAACUGAUGAAAUCGCCCCAUAUUCGCAAACAAUAUUCGCUUUGUAUUUUAUGGCCCCUGUUUUUCGUUUCAUUAUUGAAAAUCCUGGUCAAUAUUGACCAAUUGUGCCAAACGUGUUAGCUACCCUGGUGUGUUCAUCGUCAUAUAAGCCUGGUCACCUUGAUUAUUUUCAUGAUAUACAUAGUUUUCCGUCUAUGUGCUAAUUUAUUAACAUCUUCCUGAGAUUGUGCUAAGAGAUGUAUUCAUAAUUUAUGAACAUGCGGUUUUCCAUGAGAGUGGUAACCAGGCAGUUGUAAAGUGGUGCCUGAAGCCUGUUUUUCUUAGAGAAAAACGGUGAUUAGCUUCCUGCUCUGGUUUGAUUUUUCGACAAAAUUUUAUCUUAUCACACCUACAUUCUGAAUGCUGUGCUGGGAGGAAAACGAUACUAUGUUCUUCCCUAAUUUUUCAGGCUGCUCAGAAAAUCGUAAGGGUUGAAGAAAGAUUAUCUAAAGGAUGGCCCGGCGAAAAUGCUAAUCAUGUCAAGGGCUAUCGCUACUUACUUUUGGACACGGAUCAUAAUAUAUCCAGAGCAUCGCCACCAGGAAAAGUUGCGACUCUUACAAAAGUACGUAAAUUAAUGGCAUUAUUGCUUGUUCUUCUUGGAUGGUGUAGCUUGAGUUGAUUGAUAAUCGAACCCAGUGCAUCUAAUUUUGCAGGACCGGAUUUUGUAUUACCAUCAAUAUUUUUACUCAGAUCUCGAAUUUCAUCUUUUGUCUCCCAAGCUUCAUUAGAUGCGCACAAUUGUUCAUUUGUCUCCAGGAACUGACUGAUACUACAGAAACAAAAAAAAUAAAACAGUCGGUUACGUAAACAUAAAAUAAAUUCAUGUUAAUGAAAGCACAAAGGCAUAGUGCUAUGUUUUUGGGGAACAUCAAAAGCAAAAAAAAAAAAAAAAAAAAAAAAAAAAGGAUUGGUCAAGCUUGGAUUAUCCUGCGUGAAGAUGAACCAGUCAGAAUAAAAGGUCUGCAAGCUCCAUUUUAUAGACUUUACAAGCAGCAUCUCCGCAGACUCUGCCACUUCCUCUCUUUCAGAUCUCGUCUACACGGUUGGCCAUCCUCCUGCAUACUCACAAUAUCGUCAUGAGAUCGACUCGUCAUCAUUCUUAUCAUUAGAUUGUGCCCAUAAUACAAUGUCUUUUGAAUGUCAAUGCUAGAAAGGCAUCAUAAUGUCAAGAAGCUCCACUGAACCAAACCCACCUUUCGUUUAAAGCUUCUGGAGCCAUCGGAUUGAAGACGUUAUCAUUUUCUUUGUGUGAUGAUCGUUUUUUCAAAUCCAGGAGCAGAUGAUUUCUCACAUCUCCUUGGCUGGCGAUGUAUACAAUAGAGUGAUUUUACUCCCUUUUGUUGUGGUUCAUCUUCUUUCUCACCGAGGAACGCUUCUGAUUUCUGACAGGACUCCCUGCUCGCCCUGAAUAAGCUCAGAAAAGAGAUCGAUCUUGAGAAGAAUAGGGCAGAAAGGAGCGACUCUAAGCGUGAAAAAGAUGUGGAAGUUUGCGUGAGGGCAAGGAAUAAUGCCUGGAUCAUCGCCCGCAUGUCAAGAGGCAAGGAGCUUUACAUGGUGUUAGAUAAAGCCAACGAGACAAUUCUCUUCGCAUCUGAUGCCGUCGAGAAGUUCAGCAACCGGUAAUCUCUCCUUUUAUUCCCAAAUAUCAUGCUCACUGGACUAAUCUAAUCCAUAAGAACCGACAAGUCUGGUGUCUGCCCAGUGCCAUAAAUUCUUGGGCUUUGGUAAUCGACGACCGGAUGAGAAGUGGGUCCAUGUGUUCUAUGUCACGAUCUCAGUUCUUCUGAUUCAACCUAAUUUUUUUGUGGUCAAAACCUCGGCAGGUACUGUGAUGGAGCUUUCUCUUUGGAUUAG